AUGUCACACAAGCACAUUCUUUCUAAGUCUAUUGUGUUGAAGUAUGUCACCUCAGCUAUCUUCUUGGUCGAGGCAAUGAAGUCAAAUCCCAUUGGUGACGAUGUCACAUUCCAUUGCCUCAUAAAAAAUAAUAGGGGACUGGUUGUCGGAUUGAGCACUGGAGUGUCAAUUCUGGUUCUUGCUUUGGGUUUGGUGGGCUAUUUGUUGUGGAGAAAGUACAAGAAGAAAAAAGGGGAUGAGCAUUUUCAUGAUCUGUCUAUGGACAAUGAAUUCGAAAAGGGCAGUGGCCCUAAAAGGUUUUCAUACAACAAAUUGGCUUUGGUGGUGAACAACUUUUCAGAGGAGGAGAAGCUUGGAGAAGGGGGGUUUGGUGUAGUUUAUAAAGGUUUCUUGACACUACUUAAUUCUCAUAUUGCUGUCAAGAGUGUAGCGAAGGGAUCUAAGCAAGGAAUAAAAGAGUAUGCAUCAGAGGUUAAGAUUAUCAGCCUACUGAGGCACAAAAAUCUUGUGCAACUCAUCGGUUGGUGCCAUGAAAGAGGAGAAUUCCUACUUGUUUAUGAGUUCAUGCCAAAUGACAGCUUAGAUUUUCAUCUAUUCAAAAACAAAUCAGUUUUGCCAUGGGAAGAAAGGUACAAAAUUGCCCAAGGUUUGGCCUCGGCUUUGCUUUAUCUACACGAAGAGUGGGAACAAUGUGUUGUGCACCGGGAUAUAAAAUCUAGCAAUGUUAUGCUGGAUUCCAACUUCAAGGCAAAACUCGGUGAUUUUGGAUUAGCUAGACUCGUUGAUCACGAAAAAGGAUCCCAAACAACAAUGCUUGCUGGGACAAUGGGAUACAUGGCUCCCGAAUGUGUCAUCACUGGCAGGGCUAGCAAAGAAUCUAAUGUCUACAGCUUUGGAGUUGUAUUACUGGAAAUAGCAUGUGGAAGAAGACUAAUUGAUACAAGAUUACCAGAAGAUCAAGUAGGAAUGGUGGAAUGGGUUUGGAACCUCUACGGAAAGGGAAAACUACUUGAUGCAGCAGAUCCAAAACUAUGUGCAAAAUUUGAUGCUCGAGAAAUGGAAUACUUGACAGUUGUUGGGCUAUGGUGCGUUCAUCCAGACGACAGACACCGGCCAUCAAUAGGGCAAGCUAUCCACGUCCUUAAUUUCAAGGAAGAGUUGCCCGUACUCCCCUCAAUGAUGCCAGUGCCAACAUAUUUCCCUCCUAUAACAACACGGACUAAUGAACAUCAAUCUCAGAGCUAUGAUCACAGCACCAAUUCCUCAAACAUAACCACGUCUGCGGCUUCUAGUCCAUUCGUGGCGCUUCUUUAA